AUGAGUCUUGCCCUCGAGGUUAACGGUUUGACCUACAAGUUCUCCGCUACUGAUGAACCUUCUUUGGUGGAUAUAAAUUUACGGAUUCCAUGGAAUACAAGAACACUUGUAGUCGGUGCUAACGGUGCAGGUAAAUCUACAUUGCUCAAAGUUUUGAGCGGGAAACAUUUGUGUCUAGAUGGCAGUGUACACGUAAAUGGCGUUGACCCCUUUAGUCCCCAGAGUACUUCUGAAGAUGGCGAACUACUCACCAACUAUUUAGGCACAGAAUGGUGCCACAUGAGUAUUAUCAAUAGAGAUAUUGGGGUUUUGGAAUUGCUAGAGAGUAUCGGAUUACAACAUUACAAAGAGCGUGGUGAACUCCUAUGCAACAUUUUGGAUAUCGAUGUGCACUGGCGAAUGUUCAAAUUAAGUGAUGGGCAGAAAAGACGUGUGCAGUUGGCAAUGGGAUUACUAAGACCAUGCAAAGUGCUGUUGAUAGACGAGGUGACUGUAGAUCUAGACGUAGUGGCCAGACAGAGAUUAUUGAAAUUUUUAGAGUACGAGACCAGGACAAGAAAAUGCUCGGUGGUUUAUGCAACGCAUAUCUUCGACGGAUUGGCACAGUGGCCUAACCAAUUGAUACACAUGCGCAUGGGGCGUAUUGUAGACAGGCUGGACUGCGACAAGAACCUUUCGUUUAUUGAGGGCGAUGAAGAAAAGCUGGAUAUAAAGCGUCAAGACGACAACAGUGUUGCAGUGUCAGUGCCUAAAGUGGGCAGUCUGUACCCGUUGGCGAUGAAAUGGUUGGUCAAAGAUCCACAAGAAACUGAAGAGACCCAUGUAUAG